UGAAUGGAAAAUUUGAUAAUCGAAUUCUUUAUCUGAAAAUCGGCUUCCUACACAGCUACAUGUGAUAUCACGAUAAGAAAUUUAUAAUAGAAUCACGGAUUACAAAGGCCGAAUGUUUCAUUAUUUUCUGGUGUUUCUUUCUGUGGGGCUGAGUGUUCGUGCCCAGAGUUGUCACUUCAGCAAUGACUGUCCCCAGACGGCGACAUGCUGCAGAAACAAAGUAGGAGAACCCCUACUGCAUUCCUCAGGCUUUGGACAUUUUGAUGGUGCACUAUUGACGGAUCGAUCUGGACAGUGUUCAUCACGAUUGUCACGUGAACACGAGACAUGCGACUCGCACGUUUGUCCAUGUGGACCAGGUUUGGAAUGUUAUACGCCCAUGUCCGGGGUUUGCUGUCCACAGGCUCAUUGUUACAAUGCCACAUGGGUGCAACAACAAAAAGAAUACUGGCGGAAUUGUAUGUCUAAUCCUGGCUGUGCUUUGCCACCUUAACUGUAAUGCAGUGAUCAAUGCGAUUAAAACAAGCUUAAAUGUU